AUGCCAAGCUCAUCUAUGCCACUGCCACCGCGGGAAGAGAUAGAACCCAUUGCAGAAUUAUAUCUGCUGUACUGCGAUUCCCAGCCACUUCCUCUGUUUCAUCGAGGAAGUUUUGUCGCCAGUCUUUGGACACGUGAAUCGGAAGUCAUAUUUGCUAUUCUUGCACUAGCCUCUCGGUUCUCGUAUGCCCAUCACAGCAGCAGCGACCCGGACGGCCUCGUGGAUGGUUAUGCUGAAUUGGCUCGCGGUCUUGUCAUGAAAAGAGUGUCCGAGGGGCCAGUGGAGCUUUCUACACUUCAAUGCCUUUGUCUGCUGAGCUUAGUAGACUUCACAAAUGGCCACACACAUCGCUCCAGCGUUCACAGCAGCCUCGCAAUGAAUCUCGCAAAGUCUGCCAAUCUUGGCCAAGAGCCUCGUUCGUCAAUGAGCAAUCUUGCCCGAGAAGAACGCAGGCGUUGCUUCUGGAGCAUAUGUCUUCUCAAACGAUUACAUGGCGGCGACUUUUCUAUUUUGGAUAUACCUGAAGCAGGAUGCCCUCCAUUUCCCCAGAGUCCAGCUCGUCCUACAUCAUAUCUCUCUCCUGGUCUUCCAACUGCUGAAACGCGGCGGAGUGAUAUGGAAGAUGAAGGAAUCAUUGCUUAUGUAGUAACCCUCAGCGAAGUGUUUGCAAGAUCAGCCCGAUAUGCCCGACUUCAUGGCCGACCCAGCAAUGUUCCACCAUGGUCUCCUCACUCGGAGUAUUCCAAAAUUCUUGCUCUGCAAAUGGACCUUGAGACUCGAAUGCCUUACAUACAUCGUUUCAAACCUGCAAACCUUGGCGAGCGAUCACUUGAUGAAUUGCAGACCCAUCGCGAAUACUGGGGACCGUGGUUUUUGAAUCAAUUCAUGUACCACACCAGUCUGUGCCUUUUAAAUCACCCACUCUUGCUUUCACUGAGCCUUCGAAACUUCCGAAAUACCAUACCAGAAAUCUUUCUACAGCAUACCUCGGACUUGAUCUCAUCGCACACAACCUGGAUUAUUCAUUUCAUUAACUAUUUUGAAGAAAAGGGAUUUGUGGUGUCGGACCCUUUGCUGGGAUACGGUGCUGCCGUGGUUGCUACCAUUGAGCUGCAGCUCAGUUUCACAGAUGACUUGGCGAUCAGGGAGCAAAAGCGGGAACGAUUCACCAAAUGUGUGCAAUUUGUUCAAAAUCUGGGGAUAAGAUGGCCUCACAUGGCUCGAUUGGCACACAAACUCCAACGCCUGGAAGACGCCGUCUCCGCAACAUAUCAAUCAGACCCAGGCGCGCAAAAUCAAAGCCUUCUCAUUGAUCUCUCGCGCUUCUGGGAAAUACUGGAAUACUCUUCUAACAGUGAUAUGCAGUCUGCUCGCCGACUGUUCGGGGCAUCCUUAUAUUCUGGGUCUUCUUCUACCGGCGCAGAGGUAUCUCAAACGUCUCCUUUGCCUGCGCCUUUCCGAUUGUCAGCACAGGAAGAGGGUACACCCAAUUUUCGGUCCCAAUCUUUCGGUGCCAAUGCUACAUUCCAUGGUCAGGAUUAUGCAAACAACUCUUUGGUCUCGCCUCAAAAUCUCACUCUGUCAAACGACGAGUUCUCCAUACUUGCUACGAAUUUCUUCUCGCAAGGACAAGAAUUUCUUCGCAGUGGUGACAACUGGGAUGAUGUUGGAAACUUCUAG